UACGAAAGAAAAAGUGGCCUCCAUAUAAAAAGACAUACUGACUUUAAGGUCAUGCCUUGACUACAGCUGUCUUUCAGGAGGCUGGCACAGAGCCAUAGCCAGAUCAUCAGGCUGCUUGUCAAGGGUGGGGCAGCAGCAACCUGCCACUCUUCCUCUGUGAGCCCAGCCUGAGCCUCCACUGGGCACUUAGUACAUGCUGGCAAGCCACACUCUAGAGCACUACUGGAAUCCAGAGGGAGCUCCAGGAGGACUCCUCAAGUUCCUUCUUCAAAACUCUGUCAGCUCACCAAAGGCACUUCAAAGACCACCGGAUCUUAUGGUUUUGGCUUGUCAGGUUCAUUGAGAACUGCACCAUCCCACCAGUAUCUGCCCCUCAUACAGGGGAAAGAGAGCUGAUAAGAAACUGAUGGGAGAGGCAUCACCAAGGGUGACAGGUUCUGAAAAGACUUGAGGAAACUGACAAAUCUGGAUGGCUACCCCUGAUAGAAGGAUGGUCUCCAGACCCCAGAGACCUAGCCCAGGUCCAAAGGCACCCCUGGACAGCCUGGAGCAGAAGGAGACCCAGGAACAGGGACCAGGCCAGCUGGCCAUGCUGAAGAAGGCCCAAGAAUUCUUCCAGACCUGUGAUGCUGAAGGCAAGGGCUUCAUUGCCAAGAGGGAUAUGCAGAGGCUUCAUAAGGAGUUGCCGCUCAGCCUGGAAGAACUGGAGGAUGUGUUUGAUGCCCUGGAUGCUGAUGGCAACGGCUUUCUGACCCCAGAGGAGUUCACUACUGGAUUUAGUCACUUCUUCUUCAGCCAGAAUAACCCAGGUCAAGAAGAUGCAGGCGAGCAGGUGGCCCUGUUCCAAGAAGAGCAGGUGUAUCAGUCCAUGGGAAGCACAGAGGAAGAUGGGGAAGCCCAGUUCCAGAUGCUAAUGGACAGACUUGGAGCCCAAAAGGUUUUGGAAGAUGAAAACGAUGUCAGACAGCUCUGGCUGAAGCUGAAGAAGGACGAACCUCACUUAUUGUCCAACUUUGAAGAUUUCCUGACUAGAAUCUUCUCCCAGCUCCAAGAAGCUCACGAGGAGAAGAAUGAAUUGGAGUGCGCCCUAAAAAAGAAAAUUGCUGCUUAUGAUGAAGAAAUCCAGCAUCUGUAUGAAGAGAUGGAACAACAGAUCAAAAGCGAGAAGGAGCGGUUUCUCCUGAAAGAUACGGAGAGGUUUCAGGCCCGCAGUCAGGAGCUGGAACAGAAACUGUUAUCUAAGGAGCAGGAGCUGGAACAGCUCACCCAGAAGCAGAAAAGGCUGGAAGGUCAGUGCACAGCCCUGCAUAGUGACAAGCAUGAAACCAAGGCUGAGAAUACCAAGCUGAAGCUCACUAACCAGGAACUGGCCCGGGAGCUGGAGCGGACCUCCCGGGAGCUCCAGGAUGCUCAGCAGCAGCUGGAGGGCCUCCAGAAGGAGGCCUGCAAACUCCACCAGGAGAAGGAGAUGGAGGUGUACCGCGUGACGGAGAGCAUGCAGCGGGAGAAGGCCGGGCUCCUGAAGCAGCUGGACUUCCUAAGGGAAAGGAACAAGCACCUUCAGGAUGAACGGGACUUAUGUUUUCAGAAAGAUAAGGCAGCCAAGGCAAACACAGCUGCUUCCAAGGCAAGCUGGAAAAGGAGAUCUGGCUCUGUGAUAGGCAAAUAUGUGGACGGCAGAGGGAUUCUUAGAAGCCAGUCAGAGGAGGAGGAAGAUGUGUUUGGCCCUCCAAGGAGGAGAAGUUCCCUGGGCCUGAAUGGAUAUCCUCUGACAGAAGAGGAGCUGGAGACGACUGGGGAGCCUGGAGCUGGAGGCCCAUCCCACCGACCCCUCCCCAGAAUCAUCUCCAUUGAAGAAGACCCUCUGCCCCAGCUCCUGGAGGGUGGCUUCGAGCAGCCACUGACCAAAUGCCCAGAGGAGGAAGAGGUUUCCAGUCAGAGGGCAGAAGGAUACAUCCAGGGAGCCCCACACUUGAAACUCACACCUGUUUCGCCGCGAGGGCAGCCUGUUGGGAAAGAAGCCCUAUCUAAGGAGGAGAGCGCUCCCUCCACCCCUGACCGGCUCUUCAAGAUUGUGUUCGUGGGCAAUUCUGCGGUGGGGAAGACAUCCUUCCUGAGGAGGUUCUGUGAGGACCGGUUCUCUCCUGGCAUGGUGGCCACUGUGGGCAUCGAUUACCAAGUGAAGACAGUGAAUGUAGAUGACUCUCAGGUAGCCCUGCAGCUGUGGGACACGGCUGGCCAAGAGAGGUAUCGUUGCAUCACCCAGCAGUUCUUCAGAAAGGUCGAUGGUGUCAUCGUCAUGUAUGACCUCACAGCCAAGCAGUCGUUCCUGUCUGUGCGGCAGUGGCUGAGCAGUGUGGAGGAGGCUGUGGGAGACCAGGUUCCUGUUCUUCUGCUGGGCAACAAACUGGACAACGAGAAGGAGCGGGAAGUGCCCCGGGGCCUCGGAGAGCAGCUCGCCAAGGAGAACAAUCUGAUCUUCUAUGAAUGCAGUGCCUAUUCAGGUCACAACACCAAGGAGUCCCUGCUCCAUCUAGCCAGGUUUCUCAAGGAGCAAGAAGACACAGCAAGGAAGGACACCAUUCAGGUCGGCCACCCUGCCAAGAAGAAAUCCUGCUGUGGCUGACAGAAAGCCUCCAGGACUGUCCCCACCCAAGCCUGAGGUCACAAGGUGACCUGCGCACAGGCCCCUGAAUGGAUGCCACCCACCAAGGCCUGCCCAGACCUUUGUCCUUGUUGGUCACUCACCUCCCCAAAAAAGGAAGGGAAACACAUUCAGUCAGGAGAGCUGCUCUUGGGGCACCUUGGAGUCUUGUCUCACUCUUCUCUGUCUAGACCCCAGAUGCCUAUCCCUUUUUUUAUUGUUUUUUUUUUUUUUUUUUUUCUCCAGCUUGGUUUCCUGGGGCAAAGAAACAGGUGGGUUUUUCUAGAAAAGCUACCAUGUGUCUUUUCCAUCUCUCUUCUCCUUCCCUUGCCCUCAGGAGCACUGCCGUUGCCAUGGCAACGAUGCAAAGCCUGACUUGCUGCUUCCUGUAGGCCAAAGAUACACCACUCAGGUGAUGCAGGCACGGCUUGUCUAGCUUUGGCUCCUGUUCUCUGGAAGCCAAAUGGCUGCUCUUGAUACAUGUUUCAUGGACCUUGAGACACCUGAAUCAUUCAGUGAGGCAAACCAGGGCAGCCACAUUCUAGUCCACCCUCCUCCCACCCUCUCUGCAGCACCAGGCCCACUGUAUUUCACCCCUUGGGUUCUCUGCAAUGGUGCCUUACAGAGAACCCACAGCCCUUCCUCCUCACCCCCACCUUCAACCCAGACUCCAAGGUGGAUGGUGAGUGAAAAAUGUAUGCCUGGGGUUAGGGAGUAGGCUUACUUCCUACUUAACUUUGACUAAGAGAUGAAAAGAAAACUGGUGGAAAAAACCAUCUGCUGCUAAACAGAGCAACCAUUUCUGGAGGGGAUAAAUAAGGUAUAUAUAGCCAUAUAAAGCCAUUUUCUAAAUGUUUCUCAAAAUAGCUCUUCGAAAAAUCAUACAUGAUGAUUAACGGGGUAGAUUGACAUGCAGGCAGUGAGGCCCAACACGAGGUCCACAGUUACCGACUUCAUUUUAUUUUAUUUUCCUUUAUUCCAGAAAAUUGUGUGUUUUUUUAAAAGUGGGGCUGUGAUGGUGCUUUUGCUUGAAAAGUGAAUGGAGAGUAGCCACUGUCUGCAGCACCCCUGUAACAGCAGCAGCACAGGGCACUUGGACAGAGAGCAAGAUCUGGGUCCCCGGGGGCUCCCUAUAGCAGGCGGUGAUGAGUUCCCAGCCAGUUCUGGCACCACACUGGCUGUCAGGGCUUUCUUGCCCUGGGUGAUAGGUUGGAGGAAAAUAUCACAAGAUCACUGCUAAUUACAAAUUCUAGGACUGCUGACCCAGCUCCCGCAGGAAAAUGGAAGUCCACACCCAAGUGGGGUAUGCAGAGAGGGAGAGGGGCAGAAAAUGUCCACAGGCCCCCAAGAAGAUUCUUGAAGACAACCCAUGCAUAACUAAAUGACGGGAGAAGCCACUUGCCAGAGCUCUUCCCAAAAGAGUCAGAGCCCCUACAGGUCACCAGGCAAGGGCCCGCCUCCUUGUUACAGACUUCUCUCUCUCAUCCAGCACUUGCAGGGACCAGGGGGCCCCUGGAGGAUGCUGAAUGAAAACAAGGAUGAGGCACCAGGAGGCACGCAGUGCUAGAACAAGCCAGCUCCUUCCUGGGCUUCCAAAUAACCAGUAGAGUGAAGGUGGGUUUUUAAUUCUUCAGGCUUUUCCUGCUGAGAUGUUUGUGAGGACGUAUUCACUUUCUAAGGAAGGCUAGCUCCUGAACUCCAGCCCAAAGUGAAAGAGAACUUCAAGGAAACUCCUUUCCCCUAGGAAAGGGCAGUGGUGGUGGUCUCAUUAGUAGGGUGUGGCAGGAAGAGGGUAUGCAUGGGUCACCCAGAGGUGACCCCCCAAUCUCCAUGAGUGUGUUAAGAGCAGAGUGGAAGGCAGGGAUGGCCAUGCAAAAAGUAAACCAGCUCUCCUGCUUCUGACAUGUAAAGAAAUGGCAAUUGACUAUCCCUUGGGGUACCUAAUCCCACAGGUGCCUUUAUACCCAGCACCUUGUCCCUGGCUUGGGGCCACAUUUUUCCUACAGAAGCAAGGCAUGCAAGGUUUAGGGCAGGUGGGAUGACCCUGGUGCCUGGCUUCGGGCAUGUGGAGUAAAUCCCAUUGUUCUUAAUAGGGCCAGGCAGGAAGGGCCUUUAGGCCUCUGCAGCUCUCUUCUCCACACUUAAAAAAGAACCCAGCAUGGGAACUUCUGAGGGCCCCUCCUGUUCCUUUUAAGCUGCCAUGUUGAUCAGAGAGCCAUCCCAGUGGCUGUCACCCUGGCACAGAGGCUUGCACAGAAACCUGGCUCUGUCCCAUUGACAUUGCUGCAGAGACCUUGAGCAGGUCCUUCACCAGGUUUCAUGUUCUUCUGUAGAUUGGAGCAUUCAAUAUCUGCUUCACAAGGACAGUUUAAGUAUUAAAUAAAGUCGUGUAGAUAAAGUAGUUAGUACAGUGCCCAGAACCUAAGAGGUGUAAAUAGUAAGGAUUGUUUUAGUUGUCAACACUUAAGUUGCUUCCCAGACCACUUGCCUGGUUUCACUUUCAUAUUUAGAAACAGUUAACAUUUACUAAGCAUCUACCCAGAACUGGGCACUUGGACAAACACACCUUGUUUAUGCAUCUGUUUGCCCAGCCCAUUCACCUGGGUUCUGAGCUCAUUUCCAGCCUUGCCAUCUUUUUUCCCUGGUUUCCUGAUCAGUGCCUGUUUCCUUCCAGUGCCUAUUGCCAGACCUCAGCCCCCAUCCACUCUCCCUCCCUCUCUACGGUUCUCCAGGACUCAUACAGUAGCUCAGACUAGGUCACAGCUCCUGGGUAUUCCCUAUGAAUGACCAUAAUUGUUGCCAUGCCUGUCCCCCACCUGCUCCCCUGUUCUGACUCCUUCUACUUCUUCUGGAGUCAGCUGCUGCUCUCAUCCCCAAGCUGCCAAAUCAGGAACCUCAUCACCCAACCAAUGCCCUAGUCACUCUGCUCCUUAUCGAGCAUUUGUUUCCCUUCUCAGUCUCUUUGGGGAUCUUUUUAUUGCCCUGUGAUACCCUAGCUUUAUCUCUCCUGUAGCCUACUCUGUUCUUAAAACCUCCACCCAAUGCUUGAACUCCCCACCUCUCUUCUUGGACUUCUCUCCUCCAAGCCCCUGGGCCCAGUCCAGGUCAUAGCUGUACACUUUAUCAAAAAUGGCUCAACUCAUUGUCUGUCACUAGCAGUCACUGCUCCAAAGGAGUUUUAAGCCAAUUUCAGCUAAAGUAUUAAUAAAAAUGGCAGCUUUGGGGCCAUAUUUACACCUUAAAAAAGGACACUAAGGGAGGUAAGCCUUUAACCCACAGGAAUUAGUCCCUACUGGUAGGAUAUUAAGCACCAAAAUGGGUCAUGAGAUAAAAUAUUUAGGACAGAGCUGCCUUCUCCUCUAUUCCCCUCAGAGACCUCAAUUUUCUUCAUGUAUUUAUGGGCUUUAUUGCUAGGUUCAAGUAUAUUUAUAAUUGUGAUGUAUUCUCUAUAGAUUGACUUUUUAUCACUAUAAAAUGUCCUUUGUGUGUAGUAACAAUUUUUGCCUUAAAGUCCAUCAUUAGUAUAGCUGCUCCAGCCCUCUUUUUCUUGCUAUUUGCAUUGUGUAUCUAUUGCAUCCUUUUACUUUCAAGCUAUCUGUGCCUAAGAAUCUAAAAUGAGUCUCUUGUAGACAGAAAAUUGUUGGGUCAUGUUUUAAAAUCUAUUUUUCCAAUCUCUUUUAGUUGGAAAAUUUAAUCCGUUUAUAUUUAAUAUAAUUAAAGUAAGAUUUGUAUGCCAUUUUGCUAUUUCUUUUCUAUACAGCUUUAUCUUUUUUAUUCCUCCUUUUAUUCCUUUCAUUACUGCCUUUUAUGUUAAAUAUUUUAUAGAUUACCAUUUUAGUCCUCUUAUUUCAUUUACUAUAUACCUUUUUUUUUUUUAGUUCAAAUUAGUACAAGGGUACAAAUUUUUAGGUUACAUUGUUUUCAAUUCUAAGGUAAAGUUGAAGUUGUAGUUGAGCCCUUCAUCCAGGAGAUAUGCUGAACAUCUUCACAUUGUGCACAUUAGGUGAGAUCCUGCCAGUUGUACUAUAUACCUUCUUUUUGUUUGUUUGUUUUGGCAGUUGCCUUGGGGAUUACCAAUAUCUCAAUUUAUAAUAAUCUGGAGUAAUACCAAUUUAAUGGUAUACAAAAAGAUCACUCCUAUGUAGUUCAAUUCUCCCUUCCCUGAUGUUAUGUCACAAAUUACUAAUAUGUUUUUAUAUACUUUGUUCUUACCAACUUACAUUUAUGAUUAUUGCUUUACACAGUUGUCCUGUAAACCAGAUAGAAACAAAGGAAGCUAUAAACAAAAAAUAAAUUCACAUUGUCUUUUAUAUUUAGCUAUGUAAUUCCUUUACCAGUGCUCUUUGUUUCUUCUUAUUAAUUCAGAUUACUAUCUCAUGCUUUUUCAUUUUAGUCUGAAGUAUCUCUUUAAUAUAGAGAAUACUUUAUAAGGCAGGCCUGUGAAAAACCCUCAGUGUCUGUUUAUCUAGAAAUGUCUUCAUUUAACCUUCUUUUUUUUUAUUGUUGGGGAUUCAUUGGGGUACAAGAAACCAGGUAACACUGAUUGUAUUUGUUAGGCAAAGUCCCUCUUGCAAUCCUGUCUUGGCCCCAAAAGGUGUGGCACACACCAAGGCCCCAGCCCCUCCCUCCUUCCCUCUCUCUGCUCUUCCUUUCCCCACUCCUCCCUCCUUCUUUCUCUCUCUGCUCUCCCCUUCCCCCACCCCACCGUGUCCUUAAUUGUCGUUAAUUGUCUUCAUAUCAAAAUUGAGUACAUAGGAUUCAUGCUUCUCCAUUCUUGUGAUGCUUUACUAAGAAUAAUGUGUUCCACUUCCAUCCAGGUAUUUAACCUUCAUUUUUAAUAGAUAGUUUUGCCAGAUACAGAAUUUUUGGUUGAGAGGGUCUUUUCUUUCAGCACUUUGUGCUGCCUCCCUGGCCUUUGUAGUUUCUAACAUGAAGUCAGCUGUUCAGCUUAUUGAGGAUCCCUCGUGUCUCUUGCACUGCUUUUCUCUUUGUGCUUUCAACAUUCUUUGGCUUUGAGCAGUUUGAAUGUGAUGUGUCCAGCUAUGAAUCUCUUUGAGUUUAUCCUACUUGGGCUUUAUUGAGCUUCUUGGGUAAAUAGGUUAAUCAUUUUCAUCAAAUUUGGGAAGUUUUUGGUCAUUAUUUCUGUAAAUAUGCUUUCUAUAAUACCUCUUUCUUCUUCUUCUUUCCUUCCGGGACUCUCAUUAUGUGUAUUUCGCAUGUGUAAUAGUGUCUCACAGGUUUCUGGGGCUCUAUUCACUAUUAUUUUUCCAUUUUUGUGUGUAUUCCUCACACAAAAUAGGUCAAUCAUCUCAAUUGACCUAUCUUCAAGUCCACUGAUUCCUUCUUCUGCCUGCUCAAAUAUAUUUUUGGACCUUCAUUUCCAUUAUUGUACUUUUCAGCUCCAGAAUUUCUAUCUGAUUCUUUAAUUUCCCGUUCUUGAUUCUGUUUAGUGAGACAUUUUAUCAUACUUUCCUUUAGUUCUUUAGAUAUGAUUGAUUUCCUUUAAACAUAUGUAAAAUGGUUUAGAUUUACGGUUUCUAAGACAUCCAAUUGGUAGUCAUCUGCCCUUGUACACAAAUCAAGUUCUUGCCAUCCCU